CGUUAAACUAGCUAGCCAUAGCUAGAGAACCCCACUCAAUUUUAACAACAAUGCAUUUCCCUUAAUGUAAGCCUAACGUUGAAAUGUGAGGAAGAUGGUUGGAAUUAUUCGUCGUGCGUCGAACUUUCCGAUAGUUUCUGAGAGUAGAGCAUCACAUCGAGGAGGGAAAAAUACAUCGGUUAAAAUUAAAAAAUGGAGAGUUGCGGCGGUCCGGUGAGCUGAAAAUGGGAGCAAGCGCUUCAGUGUCGCUCUGUAGUGACCCCUCUUCAUUGAGAAUCCUGAGACCCGGUGCUAAGGUCAGCCCAGAGCCCAUUACUCCCACCCUGGUUGCAGAGCCUGAACUGGCCGUCAGUAGUGUAUUUGGUGUUGCCUUUGAAACACUAAGAGAGGACGGGCAGAUGGUCUGUGGAAUACCCCUUGUGUUAAGAGACAUGGUGGAGUACCUGGAUAGGAACGGGAUGCACCACAGAGGUCUUUUCCGCCUGUGUGGGUCGGUGGUGCGGACCAGGCAGCUGAGGAAGCGGUUUGACCAUGGAGAGAGGGUGGACCUUGAGCAUGAGGGAGAUGUUCCCACUGUUACCUCGCUCCUCAAACUCUUCCUUCGGGAGCUGCCCACUCCAGUAGUUCCCGAACCCCAUUGCAAACAGCUGGUUCUGAGCCUCACAGGUUAUGGAGAUGAGGCAGAGAUGAACCAGUCUCUGAGAAAAAACCUAUGCCACCUCCCUGAUGACAACCUCAGUAUUUUGUCUUACCUCGUCCACUUCCUGUCCAGAGUGGCUGCUCACAGCCAAUCAAAUCACAUGCCUUUAGAAAAUCUGGCAACCAUCUUUGGGCCUUGCAUAUUUCAUGUUCCUGUAGGACCCAUGAUGCUGGAGGAGCAGAGUGUGUGUAACACACUUUUGCUCCAUCUUCUGAGGCAUCAGAAGGUUCUCUUUCCAAUCCCAGCCGAGGACACAGUGUCCACAUCGAUCACCUCCUCCUCACCUUGUCCUCCUACUCUCUCUGCUCUUUCACACUUUGAGGUCCAAUCCAGCAGCUGUCACUCAGAGCAGAGUAGUAUGGAGAAGUUGGGGGGAGAGACCACUAUAGUCUCAGCUACCAGUGCUUUUCACCAAACAAUUUGGAUGCAGUGUCAACUCAACAGUCAUGACACACUGGCACAGGGUUGUGAAACCAACUGUGACGUCAGUGCUGACAUUCAGAAGCUGAUUCCAGACCAGGAGGCUCAGGAGCAGAGCAGUGACCAUAUAGAGUCAGGCUGUGUGCUCUCUGGCCCCACUGACCCAGGGCCAGAGCAACACCAGCACCAGAGCAGACCAUCCCAAAACCUCCACGAAGAGUCACCAGAGUUGGAAUGUGCAACACAAGGGGCGUUUUCACAGGAUAAGAUACCACCAUUCCCCUCCAUCUCAAAGGAGAAAGAAGAGGAAAAGGUAGAGAAUCGAAGGACACCUCACUCACCCAUCAGAGUCAACUGUUCAGCGGCUUCAAAAGAUGCAGGGCAGAAAUCAUCUGCUUUGGACUGCUGCAUAGCGAAUGAAUCACAGAGCAACACCAAAACACAGACACAGCACACAGAGAGCAUGCUGUGCUGCGCAGAGUACAAGAAAGAGGCCAAAACCACAGUAUCUGAGAAGGGGAGAGGAGGAGGAGGAGGAGGAGGAGGAGGAGGAGGAGGAGGAGGAGGAGGAGGAGGAGGAGGAGGAUGUAGUGGUUCUCCUGACAGACACGAUUGCAGAGGCAGGAAUAAUGGCCAUGACAGCCCCUCCCUCAAGCUACAAGCCCUGGAAGGUGACUCGGAACCCCUGCCUGCACCGGUAGACCCCCGAGCUCAGCAUAACCUACCUGACCAGCAACAGCCUUUUUGCACUGAAGAGCAGAGCCUUUAUUUGACCCACAAGCUGCUUCUCCACUUGCCAUCGUUGCCACCAGCUCAGGAUCAGGUUGACACAUCACAGUCUGUACACACCCCAUCUCCUCAUUUACCGGAGUCCAGUCCUGUCCUCUCCACUGCCAUUCUUUUUGAGGGGAUUUCAGAAAAUGAGACCCUGCCGAGCUCACCAGGUCCUAAAACCAGCCCACUCCUCUCUUGUUUUACGACGAGUGAUUGCCCGGUUCCCUCACCGCGCUGCCCCAACCUCAGUCACAGCCUGCGUUACAACCUAGACCCUGAUACAGCCCCUUCUCCACCGUGCUCACAGCACAUACGCAUGGCUCGCAGCACUGGACAUACAGUGCCAGCCGAGGGCUCUGUGUCCAUCUCCGUGCUCAACAGACACAUUCACAGCCUUAGGAAGAGGAUCAGGCAUUUUGAGGAGCGUUUUGAACAGGAGAAGCUUUAUAAGCCGGCACACAACGACAAGACGGCCCAUCCAGAGGUGGCCAGACUGAUGAUGGAGCUUAUUAAGAGUCGCAAGCAGCUUAAAGAGCUGAAGCUGAGACAAUCAGAAGAACGGGGUCUGAAAAGGCAGGUAGACUUCAACCGAUCAGCUGAAACAUGCAGCACCGACAUAGGCCAGAGGGAGGCAGCACUAACAGCGACUGAGCUGCAGCAACAGAACAAUAGCAGUAACACCAAGCCAAAUGUGGAGGAAACUGUCAACAUUAUAACCAACAGACUGAAGGAAAGAAGACGAGAGCUGAGCCUGCCUGAUAACGUCGUGGAGAUGUCCCAUUUCCAGAUGAUUUUGGAGAAGACCAGCCUGCAGAAGUGUUUGCUCUACUUUGAGAGUCUGCACGGACGACCAAGUACCAGGCAGGAGCGGAGUCUGAUGAAACCUUUUUAUGAUCGCUACCGUCUUCUCAAGCAGCUGCUGUUUUCUUCUUCUGCUGUUUCAACAGUCAUAACAACCAUUGUAGAAGAAGAGGGCUCUGAUGACGAGCAUCCCAAACAGCAAAGCCCCAUGCUGCAGCCACUCCGACUGAUAUCUCCCAGGUGUGUGUCUUUAGAUGAGUCGCUGCAUCUGUCUUCCCUAGAAAUUUCUGAAACGCCUCUUGUGUCCCCACUGGAGGAGGUGAAUUGUUUCCAGCCACAGAUCAUCACCUUGGCAACACUACAUGAAGCUUCCAGACCAGAGUUACUGGAUCACCUCAGAACGGCACGAUUAGAGAAGCGGAGGCUUCACCAGACGCUUCGAGAGUUUGAGGACCAUUUCUACACACAGACCGGCAGGCCUUGUCAGAAGGAGGAUCGUGGACCAAUGGCAGAGGAGUACUGCCAGUAUAAGAACCUCAAAGCAAAGCUCCGUCUACUUGAGGCCCUGCUUAGUAAACAACAGGACUCAACCAAGACCAUUUGAGUUAACUCACAGUGGGACUUUUUUCUAACGUAUGACUCGAUUAGUUCUGAAAAAUCAAGUUGUGAAGCCGUUGGGUCUGGUCUUGAUUCAUGCCAUGCUCAUUAUGUUGAUGCACUUUAUAUAAAAGAAACUAAUGGAAAUUGGUGACAAUUUGACUGAAAUGCUGCACAACUGCAGUUAUUUAGUCCUAAAAACACAUCCUUUGUCAUUUAUGACGCAUCUCAUUACAAACCUGAUGUAGCACGCGUAUUUUAUGUAGCACUAAUUUAUGUCAAGGAUGAUAAGCAGUAACAACUUGAUGUUAGUUACAUAUAAGUUAUUUUAAGAUACGUUAAUUAACUGUACGUAUAUUAUGGCACAAUCCUUUUUUCUUUGCCAAAUACAAUUUUUGGACAGCGUUGUCUAUAGUUAACGUUGCAACUGCUUUUUUUUUUUUUUUAAAGUGAUAUCUUGGCAAAAAAAGGUAUAAGCUUAAAUGCAAUCAAUGAAACCAUC